AUGGCGUCGUCGGGAGGACACCUCUUGGUCUCCAAGGCCAUGAGGCUCGUCAAAUUCGCCGCCGCGAAGACGGGAAGGUUCAUACGUGACAAAGUCCCGCAGGCAACCAAGCCACUCGAGGCAGACGUCCAACCUGCCUACGCCCGCGUCUCUCAACGCCAACAACCCAUCAAUCGCCUCGCUCAGAUCCGUCAAGCCCAAAGCCGCUGGUACAGCACAAACUCGCACGGUCUCAACAACACCAGACACUACUCUUCUCAUGCUGCGUCAAAUGCCCGUCCCACUCGUGCGUCCUAUCCUUCUUCACGCACCGGUGCGGCCGUGGGACGAUUGACUGGCCGUGCCCCGUUCGCAUCUACCCUUCGACCGAACCUUACCGGGGGUACUUUGUGCCGUCAUGCAGGUGGCUAUGGACUAGGAGGUGGUCGAGUCGGUGGACCGAGAUACUUCUCUCAUUCUCCGGCGGCGCAGGCACAGGUGGUCACCAACGUCUCGCAGGCCGUACGAGCCUUUUGGCUCUCGGGUCAAAAAGCCCGGUUCGACGGAGUCAAUCCUCGAACAGGCGAGAAGCGGUUCCGAGCUGUUUCUAGCCUUCAAGAAGAUGCCAGGCAUACCAUGGACAUGUCUUCGAAGACUGCACCUGGGUCCUUCAUUGACUUCAAGGUCUCUCCUACGAUCACCGCCAUUGGUCCCUUGGCCAGUGUUCCUCGCUCUGCUUCCACCGCAUCCUGCGAUUACGAGGUCCAAAAAGACACCCUGAACAACACCACGCUCAUGUCCAACCUCUCGAUCGAUUUUGCUCGCGCCCUGAAAGAUCUCGCCGCCGUCAUGAACGACCUCAAACACUUGGCAACCUUGGGCGACCUCCCCAUCUCGUUGUACAAUAGCACGACUCUUCGUGUCCGCUUUCCUGGCUGUGACGCAGAUACCGUCGAGGCUCUUUGCCGGGAACUCAACAUUAAGCGCGGCAUGGUCGGCCAAGAUGAAGAUUUUGACGCGAGGAACGGCACGGAAAUGGCCCUCCUGUUUCCCUUUGCGCCCAGCAAGACAGCCAGUGAGGCCGGCUUCAUGGACUCCAACUGUGUCUUUGGUGACAGACCGAGCAAGCGCAUCAAGAAAGACCGCGUCGAGUGGCAGGAGAUGCUCACCCCACCUCAACAUCCUUCGGCAGGCUUCUCGCACCUGUCGGCCACGAGCAAGUCGCCCGACGCGUUUGAGAUGAUCGACGAGGCCAUGGGUGAAAACCCGUGGAUGUCAAGCCCGUCGGGAUAUUCGAGUCUCCACGAGAGCGAAUUGCUGGAAGCCGAGGAAGACGCCGCCAUGUACUUCUUCCAACCACGACACAACACCGCCGGAAGAGAAAGAUAUCCCGAGCACUGGACCGAUGGAAAUGGCAACGGAUACGAGGGGCUCGAAGGGAUCUACAGGUUCAUUGAGGAGUGUGAUCGGACACGGUCCUGA